GGAAGUCAAGGACUGUUUCCGACAGGAACCGGACCAAAAUAAAACCGCUCACUUCCGGCAAAGGGGUGGUGGCGGGAGCUCUCUGAUCCAGGAUGGAGGAGGCGGAAGAGGUUCUCUUGGGGAAGACACUGCCGCUCCCCCCCGAGCCGCGCCUGGGCCAGGACUCAGGAUGGAGCCCUUCUGCAGAAGGCUUUGCUCAGGGCCUCAAAGACUUCCUCCCUGGUACGAACCCUGCCAUACUUGCUCUAAAGAGUCUCCCCCAGGGCUUGGCCGUGGGCCCCUCCCGCGCCAGGAAACAGCACUUGGGGGUCUGGUGUGUCGGAGAGCCCCUUCAGCUCGGACUGCAUUGGGGACCUCUGGAAGUGGACUCCGUCUUGGAGGAGAAGGGCAAGGGAGUGAAACGACCGCACGAGGAGGACCUGUCACUAGGCUGGUCGGGAGCCAUACGCACCUGGAAGCAAAGUUCAGCUUGGAUCAGUUUGGUGCAGCGAUCUAGGCUGCAGAGUGAUGGGAAUGUGUCCUUGGUUUGGAUCCAUGAGAAGCUUCACCUGCAGGUGUACCAGACUGUGUUGCCAGGCUCUGAGGUGCUGCUGUGCCCACAGCCCCCCUCCAAGAGCCUAAGUGUCAUGCACCCCCACCCCGGGCUAGAGGAGGAAGCAGCUGCAGUGGGGGCAGCCGAAGAGGAGUCUACUGUACAGGAGGAAGUGGCCUCCCCCCGAGAGGAUGCAGCAGAGUCUUGCACAGAUCCUGGUCAUGAGUCACCCCAUCGUCUCCGAGGAGAAAAUGCUCAGGUAGGUUCUGGACCUGUGGCCCAAAACGGAGAUCAACCUUUCAAGGAUAGCCAACCCCUUGGCUUGUUACUUCAAGAUGAUGCCAUGGAUAAGGAGUGCCUACCACAAACACCACCUGAACUUCAGGGCCACUCAGCUACCCGGAAGAGCCCAGAGAGCCAUGAAGCCAGUUUAUUAACUCCCAGAGGGCCCCAGGUGCAAACCUGCCCAGCCAAGAAGUUACAGGUCUCCAGCAGUGAGUGCCUGUCUACAGUAAAGAUCUCAGAGCCCAGACCCCGGCUCCCUAACUUCCCCGUAGGGCUAUGCAGCCCUCCUGACCCAGCCGGAAGCUCCUCAAAGCAGGGGCGACGAUACCAGUGUGGGGAGUGUGGCAAGGCAUUCCUGCAGCUCUGCCACCUCAAGAAACAUGCGUUUGUGCACACAGACCAUAAGCCCUUCCUGUGCACUGAGUGCGGCAAGAGUUAUAGCUCCCAGGAAAGCUUCAAAGCCCACAUGCUGGGCCAUCGAGGGGUGAGGCCCUUCCCUUGCUCACAGUGUGACAAAGCAUAUGGUACCCGCAGAGACCUCAGAGAGCAUCAGGUGGUCCAUUCAGGUGCCCGGCCCUUUGUGUGUGAGCAGUGUGGCAAAGCCUUUGCUCGCCGACCUUCCCUGCGGCUACACCGGAAGACCCACCAGAUGCCAGAUGCCCCUUCCCCGUGCCCAUGCCCAGUGUGUGGGCGGCUCCUAGCCACCCAGGGUUCACUGCGGAACCACAUGAGGCUCCACACUGGGGAAAAGCCCUUCCUGUGCCCACACUGUGGCCGAGCAUUCCGCCAGCGGGGCAACCUCCGAGGGCACUUGAGACUGCACACAGGAGAGCGCCCGUACCGAUGUCCACACUGUGCCAAUACUUUCCCCCAGCUUCCCGAGCUCCGGCGCCAUCUCAUCUCCCACACUGGUGAGGCCUACCUGUGCCCGGUGUGUGGGAAGGCCCUCCGAGACCCACACACACUCCGUGCUCAUGAGCGCCUACACUCGGGGGAAAGGCCCUUUCGGUGCCCCCAAUGUGGCCGAGCUUACACACUGGCCACCAAGCUGCGCCGUCACCUCAAGUCCCACAUGACAGACAAGCCCUACCAAUGCCCUGUCUGUGGCAUGGGCUAUGCCCUCCCUCAGAGCCUCAAGCGGCACCAGCUCGGUCACCAGCAUGGAGUUUCCUCCAGCCCUUCUCUGCCUCCCGCUGCCUCAGAGCCCACCAUGGUUCUCCUACAAAGUGAUCCAGAGCUGCCGGACACAUGCAGCCAACAGGAAGUGCCCCCAAGUAGGGGUAUUGUGGAGGUCACCAUCUCUGAGGACCAGGAAAAGUGCUUUGUGGUACCCGAGGAGCCAGCCCCUAGCCCCAGCCUGGUGCUGAUCCACAAGGACGUGGGCUUUAGUGGCUGGGCCGAGGUGGUAGAGGCAGGCACCUGACACCUUCACCGUGUCCCCCGGCCCCAUCCCUAC